ACCAAAACCCUAGAGCUGGUCGGCGAGAGAGAGGGGAGAGAUGGUUUCUGGUUCAGGGAUCUGUACACGUCGGGUGGUGGUGGACGCCCGCCACCACAUGCUGGGCCGCCUGGCUUCAAUCCUUGCGAAGGAACUCCUCAACGGCCAGAAAGUGGUGGUGGUCCGCUGCGAGGAGAUCUGCCUUUCCGGAGGUCUCGUCCGCCAGAAGAUGAAGUACCUCCGCUUCCUCAGAAAGAGGAUGAACACCAAGCCGUCCCAUGGCCCCAUUCAUUUCCGUGCUCCCGCAAAGAUCCUCUGGAGGACCAUCCGUGGCAUGAUCCCUCACAAGACCAAACGUGGGGCUGCAGCACUCGCACGGCUCAAGGCAUACGAAGGAGUUCCUGCUCCUUAUGAUAAGAUGAAGAGAAUGGUCAUCCCCGACGCGCUUAAGGUUUUGAGGCUCCAGCCAGGACACAAGUAUUGCUUGUUAGGACGUCUUUCUUCGGAGGUUGGAUGGAGUCACUACGAUACCAUCAAGGAGCUGGAGGACAAGAGAAAGAAGAGGGCUCAGGUCGCAUACGAGCGGAGAAAGCAACUGACCAAGCUUAGGGUGAAGGCAGAGAAAGCUGCUGAAGAGCAGCUCGGUUCCCAGCUAGAGAUCCUGGCACCAUUGAAAUACUGACUAUAAAGAGGCAACAGCAGUUUUGUUUUUGUUUUCUUGUUUAUUUUGGGACUCAUCUGAGAGUUUUUGAUCCGAUGGUUUCUUAGUAAUUCAAUCUGUUUUUCAUUUCUUUUGACAUCCA